CCCCUUUUGUUCGCAUGCGUGAGGAGAAACGGUUAGGAGAGAGAAAACCUGGAGACCUCUGGCCACUUUUGACGAUCAGUUCGUGCAAGUUUCGCCAGCCCAGAUGGUUUUGCCAAGUUCUACCGCGCCGCGUUCACGCCUUGUCUACCUCAUGGAGGAAGCAGGAACUUCAGACCCCAACGCGAUUAAUUAUAUGGCGAUUCGGCGAGCUCGAGAUCGGGAGCGAAAACGCCUAGCUCGCCAAAACAGUCCUGCAUUGCGUGCCGUGGAGGCAGCAGCAAGACGACGUAAGCGAGAGGACUCAUCGGUUCGAACCGCAGAGGCAGAAGCAAGGCGUCUCCGACGCCAGGACCCUGUGUUUCGAGCCGCCGAGGCAGAGGCGAGAAGACGGAAACGGCAAGUAAAGGCACCAAUCGAGGCGGAGGCUGCAACCAAGGCAUUUACCAAACAUUCCCUGGACAACCACUUUGGCUAUAACUGCUCGGGAGGAAAGGACUGCCUGACUGAUUACAGUGGGCUGAGGUCAGUGACUGAAGGAUCCACCACAGUCAUGCAAGGGGACGCUGCUACACAGUGCGACAUGGGAGCCAAUGUUGCUGACAAGUCUACAUGGUGCAAGGGUUUGUUGAAAUCAACACAGGCUGACGUAUUGCCUCCGAAGGUCUCCAGGGGGACACAAUCUGAAGAUCUGGAAGACUGCCAUGAUUCAUCGAUGUCAAGCGAAGCGGUCUCUCUAGCGUCAAGCAAUUCAAGGAGGACCAGCAGUGGAAUGCAGGAAGAUGCAGAGUGUGACUGCAGACUCGGGGUGGCAAUCGACACAACUUGCAGUGAAGAGGGAGGAAGCUCUCCCACAGCCAAUGCAGGAUCAGCAGUCGUCGCAUAUGCCUGCGGACUUUGCGCGCUCAAGUUCCAGGAGCUGGAUGCCCUGACCAACCACAUAAGAACAUGCCCGUGGCCGGAGCCAUUCCAGUGUGGCUUGUGUUCACAGACAUGUGCAGACUUGAGUGCAACGCGGGAUCACCUCCUCGCUUCUCACAUUAAUGCAGCCACAGCAGAGUGCCCAUUCUGCGGGUACACAUACGAUGGUAGGCGCUCGAACAUCAUGAGGCAUAUGCAGCGGCAGCACGUGCCCAUCAAGCCAUUCAUGUGCAACUUCUGCAAGUUAACUUUUGUCCUCAAAUAUGACCUCCUCUUACACAUCCUUCGAUCCCACACGAAGACGCAUGAGUGUGCCUGGUGUCCCAGCUCGUUCACCAACAAACAGGACUUGCAAGUUCAUUUUCGCCAGCACAUCAGUGUGUAAUCUUACAAGUGCUACGUCUGCUCAGCUGCACUUGUGGACAGGUUGGUGUGCCACACCAACUUGGACAAGUCACAUGCGUGUGGACAAGUCACAUGCGUGUUCACAAGAAUGAGGUGAAGUUCGGUGCCUUGUGAGUGAACAUUGUUUCCCGAAAAGGCAGCUGCUGGCCUUGCACAUGAGGCCACAUACUCGAAGCUUGUGGCAAGCUUUCAAUGAAUGGUUUCCUUUUCUGCACUCACUGCUGUCUGCCUGUGCCUUGAGACUUGUCAACUGGACUCUCAAGGCCAUCACUCCUUACACUAGGCCUGCACCUUCUUUACUGAAAAUAAAGUAUGCCCUUGCGAUGUG